AAGCGGCCGCCCUCGGCCCUGCCCUCCGACACCCGCUCGCUGACCCAGAUGGUUCAUUGUACGGCCUCGCAUCAAUGGCACGUCAACUGGUCCGAGUCACUAUUCAAACCACUCCUCGGGAGCACGCCGCCGCUCCCUAUCCCCGGAGAGAACUGAGAGGACGCCGUUUCGGUGCAUCAGGUGAGGGCGGGGCCUGGGCCACUGGGGCCGCUCGCUUCGGUGCCGUCGCCCUUCCGAGGCGUGCCAGCAGUGCCCAGACAAGUGUUGCCCAUUGCCCCGCAACGCUCUGCGCCAUGUGCUAAGAAGAGGCUGAUGUGUCGGGGCACGUGUUGCUCCGCUGCCCGGCCCUUGCUGCGCCCGCCAGGUGCCAGCCUCGAACGCACCGUUCCGCUGAUUUUUGUGGCCCGGAAUUUCGGGCAAGGGAAUUGUUUCACGGCACAUCGCUUGCUGGGACAGCUUUGUAGUGUGCGCUGGUCACUUCCAUAGGAAUAAAUGGACAAUGACAAUGAGGAGUGUUAGCAUAUCCGCUUGUAUUACGGCGUACUGUGCCGCCUAUCACACAAUUGAUCGCAUCUAUGGCGACGAUUGGGUCACAGCAUUCAACUGUGUCUUUCAGUCAUCGUGAUAAGGCACAGCCUACCAUCCAAGGCAUUAGGCAACUGAUUGUUAAAUGUGGAACACCAUUAUGUAGUUAACUGUGGAGCUGCGAUGCACACUUUUCGAAUGAAAAUUAUUAUUCCGGUUAGUAAAGCCACCGCUUAAUAAAUCCAAAACGUCGUGCUACCAACGUGGAUUUAUUCAGAACUCAGAAGAUUCUGCUGCACUGGUUUCACCCUAGAGGCUCAUGCUCAUGACUCAGAUAUUUACCUCCAGUUCAUUUCACUGACCAUGCUCCACUAAUUUGUAACAGAAGCUGCGAUGAGCUCUGAUGAGCAUGGACUCAGCACAACAUGGACCGAGUGUAACUUGUAUUCAGCUGGUUCCUCUCCAAGUGCCUCCCCACCAGGAUCUCCCCUGAUUGGCAGCCUUGGAGGCAGAAAACAGGAAAAGGCCAGAAACCAUGCUCGACGAGCUCCAGCCCAGGAGGGCCAGGAGGCUGUGCUCACCUGUCCCGGUCGGGCACUGCUUCGGGGUGGUGCUGUCAGACAGCAGCUCUCUCUGGAGACGGCCCAGCCCGCAAUCUGCCUGCCGCUGAAUGAGUGUCAGGAGCUCGAGCAUUUGCUGCUCUCCAUGGCUCAAGCAUCAUACACUCUAGAAGUCGAGUGUGCUGCUGUGGCCUGCUCCAACUCACGAAAUGAGCGUCAGGAGUUUUACAGCAUACGUCAGAAAGCUACCAACAAGAUGCGGGCCCUUAUCAACUAUAUAGACCAGCGGGGCGCGCUGACCGACGACGGGUGGCGCCAGGAGGUCGAGGUCGGACUGCACCGUCUGCACCGGCGCGUCGGCUACGUGGCGCCGCCGGGACCAGCCGACGAGCUCUGCCACGACCCGACGCUGGUCUCGCGCGCCCACCAGCUGUUCCACCUGCGGCUGGACCUGCGUGUGCUCUCCGUGUCCGCGCUGGCCCGGCUGAGCGAUCUCAGCGACCAGCCGCCGCCGCGCGACUCGCCCGGCGGACCGACGGUGCCCUGGCUGUCCGCCGUGCCCGGCCGGCACCGGUGGCGCCGUGCCGCCCACGCGCUCGCCUGGGAACUGGCCGUUCUGGCGCACAACAAGAUGAGAGAGACGCCCCUGGCCGAACUGGCCGACACCUGUGCGUUCUCCUGCGGCUGUGAGAAGGGCGCGUGGCUGGCGCUGCGGCGGCUGCUGGGGCCCGGCGGGCGCUCGGCGGCGACGGGCCCCGGCGGGCCGGCCGGCCUGUGGGCCGAACUGGAGCCGCUGUUUGCCCGCAUCCUCACCCCGCCGCCACCCUUCCCGGAGGCCACCCUGGCCGAUGAGUUUCCGCUGAUGGAGACGGAGUGGUCAGAGGCGCCGCUGUUCCUCACCUGGCUCAUGUCUUCUCUGAGUGACGUGUUUCGGUACGACGACCAGGACACGUUCAAACCUGACCUCACGUGUGACCGUAACACGUCGCUGCUGCUGUCUCUGGUCUGGGCCGCCGCCGGCGCCGCGGAGACAGAGGAUCCGGCCGGCGGCGAGCGGCGGCUACGCUGUGUGCUGGCGCUGUGCGGUCGGCUCACUGAGCUCUGGGGCGCCACGCCGGCGCUCUCCAACACGCUCUGGGAGGUAGUGGUGCGCCGGCUGGUCAGGCCGCAGCCGCCCGGACCCGUCUCCGUCCUCCAGAUGACCUCCACAGUGCCCCGGUCGGGUCGGCGCUGGUGGGAGUCGGUCUCGGAGCCGCCGCCGCCCGAGGACAGUUUCGGCCAGUACCUGCUGCUGCUGCCGGCGCAGCUGGCGGCCGGCGCCGACUGCUGGCGCCAGCUGCGCGGCCGCGUGCUGCUCCGACUGCACGCCAAGCGGGCGGUGCAACUGUCGGCGGCAGGGCUGCGCGCCGCCUGCACACUGUUCCUGACGCUGAUACACCUGGUGCCCGACGACCUACAGCUGGUGGACAAGUUCAUCUCGUUCCUGUCUCAGGUCAGCGAGUCGUCGGCUCACGAGAUCCUUGUCUGUCGAGCCUACUUCGCCGCCGCUCACCUGCUCUUGGAGUCCGGCCGGGACGUGGGCGCUGUGGCCGCCGCGGCCGCCGCGCAGGCGGACCGGGAGCUGCGUGCGGCCGCCGACGCCCGGCCGUUUUCUCCGGCUCUGGUCGCUGCCUACUGGGAGGAGUGCUCGGAACUAGUGCGCGCCAGUCCGCGGAUCGACAAGUCCGAGUACCAGCUCGUCACGUCCGGGUGGCGUGCGUACCUGGGCUGCUGUGGUCCGUCGGAGCUGGCCCGCGGCCUCUCCGUGCUGCUGCAGAUCGCCGGAAAACUGCUGGGAAAUAUCCAGCAGCUGCAACCCAUGGCACACAUCGUGGACACGGAAGUGGUGACUCGUAAGGAGCAGUACAGUCAGCUGACGGAGCGGCUGCGGCUAGUGGCGCCGCUGUUACACACCCUGGCGCUGUCCGCCAGCCCGCCGCCGGAGCUCGCGCAGCUGGCGGCCACGCUCACCCUGGUGCCCGGCGCGGGCUGCGAGCUGCACCACUUUACAGCGGACACUGUCACACCCAGUGUGUGCGCGGCGUACGUGACGGAGCUGCUGGCGGCGGCGCCGGAGCGGCUGGCCGCCGGCCGGGACGGCCUGGUGCGGCUGUGGCUGCGCUGCUGGGCCGGCGGCGCCGACCUGGCGGAGCUGGGCCCGAUGACGGCGGCCGUGGCGCGCAGGGAGCCGGCGCUGGUGCCGGCCGGACCCCCAGCCGACCCGACCACCGCGCGGCAGUUCACCGAGCGGCUGGCCAGGCUGGCCGAACAGAGUAAGGAGGGCCGUGAGCGCGUGAACGCCAUCUUCUCGGACCUGGCCUUCAUCGACGCCUACCUGCGCGGUCCGCGGGCAGCCUCGCCCGGUCUGUCGCACCUGUUCCUGGUCUUUGGUCUGGUGGUGAAACACCUCAUCAACGUUCUGGAGCUGCGGAAGGUGGUGAGCAUCAUCCAGCGUCUGCUGCUACCGCCGGCCGUCUACAACUCGGAGAAGGCGCUGGCGCCGUCCAUGAGGAACGCCCUCGCUCGGUCCAUACCGCUGUUCCUGGCCGGUAUCGCUCGGGCCGAGUACGCCACGGAGAAGUCUUACCGGCGCUUCGUGAAGGACACGCUGGUGCAUUACAUGUACCGGUUUCCGAGCGACUCGCACCCCCUGCUGGACGUAUUCAGAUCGGACGAAGUCUCUGAACAGUUCAAGGAUUUCGUCAUGCAAAUGAUGGCGGAAACGUUCCUUCAGAAGAUCGGUGGAAAGUUCCACGACAGCCUGCUGCAAGCGGCCCAGUGUCUGUCGGCCCUGGUAUCGGCGGACCGCGGCGGUCACCUGACGGCCCUGGUCGCCCGACGGACGGCCUCGCCCCUGCUGGAGCUGCUGCUCAGCCUUGAGGAGCCCCGCGCCAAGCGAGCCGCCACCGAUCUGCUCAAACUGCUCUGCCGCUCGCAGGCCGACGGCGUCAGGCCGGUGCUGUCGUCGGCGGUGGAGCGUCUCCUGGAUCGCCAGCUGGCGUUCCACUCUGGCCGCGUGUUCCAGCUGCUCGAGGUGCUGGCCGUGCUGGCGCCGGCGCUCACCCGUGACCUGCUGCCCACCCUAGAGCACCACGUGCGCAGGACUGAGCUGCGCCGCGGCGUCGGAGAGGACCGCAUACUCAGGAACGGGCUGGCGCGAGUGCAGCGCCGUCUGGCAGCGGUUGGGGAAAUUAUCGCACCAACGGCGGACAACGGCUGCUAGACGGGCACCGAGCGCCGUUAGGAUUCCUAGCGGUUAGAGGCUGAACGCGAGUUCCACGGCUGUGAUAGUUCUGUGCGAGAGUGAUACUCAUGUCAGUGCAGUGUGCGUACCGUGGCGUGUAACCAAGUGUCGCGUUCAGAUUCUCAUUCCACGCUGCCGAUAUUUUGCGUAUUGUGGAAGACUGUUCGAACUGUGCGCUCAACCGUCAACAUUUCUGUCGCCUACGCGUGCUCGCUAUCCGUUGAACGCUCAUACGACUUUUUUGUAUUGUGAUCUUUGACGCGUUGUAUUGCAACUGGACGCUAUUCAUCGUGAUGUAUCCCGGAUGUUUCGGCAAUGCAUGCAAGUACGAACAAUCAUUUAUGCAACGGCGUUUCACGUACCCUGUUGCAGGUGAAUUAUCGUUCGCCAGUAAUAGAAUGAAGGAACUGUCAAUUUUUGGCGGUGUUACUCAUACAGACAUUCGCAUUACGA